UUUUCAUCUAAAAUCAAGAUUUGAUUUGCAGGUCAGUUUGAGGUUGAUGAAGAGAAGGACAUGUAUUUCUUCACACAAAGGAAUCGAAAGUAUGAGGGUGGAUCACGCCCAGCUCGGAAAGCAGGAAACGGCUACUGGAAGGCUACUACCGGACAUACGACGGUUCUUGAUCAAGAUAAAGUAGUUGGAUAUAAGAUGAAUUUGAAAUUCCAUGUUGGUACGGCGCCUAAAGGGAAGAAAACAGAUUGGCUAAUGACAGAGUAUAGGAUGGAGGAGGUUGAUCCUCCUACAACGACUACUGAGACUGAGGCUAGGAAGAGAAAGAGGAAGAUGGUGGCUGCAACUCAAGAGGAUCAUCACAUAAGAAUGAAUGGAUUUGUUUUGUGUCGAAUAUACAAGCAUAAGUCGGGAGCUAAGAAAACGAAUGAAACACCAGUCAAUGAAGUUAUUGAAGAAGACUGCACAUCAUAUAUGGCUCCUUGUUAUGAAGAUGAUCAAGUGAACAUCAUCGACUACAAGUGCAUGCAUUCGCUAUCUUGGGACAUGAUAUUCGACGAAAUUACUCCAGAAGUAGAUAGAUUGAUUAAUAUUCCGUGGGAUAAUAACGAAUAUCUCCCACCACUAACAUUAUCUGAUUUCAAUGACCCAUCACCCUUUGAUGUUAUGCCCACCAUUUGAUAGUUUAUUUCUAUUCUUUUAUUUAUUUCUCAUUAUUUAUUUAUUUAUUUAUUUUUAAAGUGACACAAAUAUUUUGUAAUUUUCUUUGUACUUGAAAUAUAAUUUUAUUAUUUUCUUGAUAAUGAUAUUAUCUUUUUGUUAUAGUUGAUAUCUGAAAAAUGAUUGGUAGAGCUGUAAAUGGGCCGAGUUCAGGCCC